AUGCGUAGUCCUCUUUACGACUCGUCUGGCAAGAUGUCCGAUACCCAGAAUGAAAGGGCCUACCAGAAGCAGCCCACCAUCUUCCAGAACAAGAAGCGAGUUUUGGUAACCGAAGGAGGUACCAAGGAAAAGCUCCCACGUUACCACAGAAACGUUGGCUUGGGCUUCAAAACCCCCAGAGAGGCUAUUGAAGGCACUUACAUUGACAAAAAAUGCCCCUUUACUGGAAAUGUGUCCAUCAGAGGCCGUAUUCUGUCCGGUGUGGUGACCAAAAUGAAGAUGCAGAGGACCAUCGUCAUCAGAAGGGACUAUCUGCACUACAUCCGCAAGUACAACCGUUUCGAGAAGAGACACAAGAACAUGUCUGUCCACCUCUCUCCCUGCUUCAGGGAUGUGACUGUGGGUGACAUUGUCACUGUUGGAGAGUGCAGACCCCUCAGCAAGACAGUGAGGUUCAACGUCCUGAAAGUCACCAAGGCAGCAGGAGCCAAGAAGCAGUUCCAGAAGUUCUAGAGUUGUUUAUUUGAACAAUUCUGGGUUCCACUGUAUUAACAAUGAGACAGAAAUAAAAGUUCUGUGGAUUUUG